AUGAGUCACGGAGCAGAUCCGCAACCUCAUGGGAAUCCUAAUGCUGGAAAUUCUAAUUUUAAUGGGAAUAAUGCUGAGUCCCGCAAUAGAGCCAAUCCUUAUGUCAAAGAUUUUGAAAAGCUGAGGAAUAUGGGAGCCGAGUUGUUUAAAGGGGCUAUUGACCCUAAAUAUGCUCUGGACUGGAUCAAGGAGAUUGAACGAAUCUUUAACCUCCUUGAGUGUCCUGACGAAGCAAGAGUGGAGUAUAUGUACUACCUGCUCAGGUCUGAUGCUUAUGACUGGUGGUUGACCGUACCCGGGGCUCAGGAUCGUACGAUUCGGUAUACCUGGGCAGAAUUUCUUGAGAAAUUCCGUAAGCAAUAUGUGCCUGAUCUGUAUGUGGAUAGGAAGAAGAAAGAGUUUCUGGACCUGAAACAACAAAGGGGGCAACUGUUAAAGAGUAUGAUGUCAUUUUCCAUCGUUUGA